AUGGGGCCGGAAGAGGAGGAAGAGCGACCCAAAAUCACGGCUCCUGUUGUCUCGAAGAAGCUCACCGAAAGGCUCCUCGAUGCAGGAGUUCCUUGUCUCGCCGACCUCCUAUCGAAUCUCGGGGUGAACACCUUCGGCUGCUUGGGUAAGCUGACAGCCGACGAGUUCUCGGAGAUCGUGGGCCGUGUUAGAGCUGCUGGCUUCGGGCCGGGGCAUGCCUGCAACCUCAAGAGCCUUCAUUUGGCUGCAAAAGAGGAGACAACAUGCGGAAUGUCGCCUCUUGGGGACGUAGCACCCCCUGUGGCCGUCGGUAUCUGUGAGAAGCUCCAGUCCAUGAUGAAACUGGCGGGGCUAGACCGGAUGCAGGCCGUGAUCGCCCAGAAUGGCGUGACAUCGUUCGCAUGUCUAGAAGCAUUAUCGGUCGAGGAGCUUCAGGAGAUUCGGGAGUCUCUCCUGGCGGCAGGCUUCGAAGCUACAGAGAUCCAGGCACUUUGCGAACUCCGAUGUGCAGCUCCUGGGCCAUCGCCCCUGUCUCCUGGAAGGAAGAUGGAAGCCGAAAGGAGUUCGGAGGUGCCAAUCAGUUGCAAGCACAAGGCUAGCGACGAGGACAAGGAGAACGAGGAGAGGCCGCGGAAGAUUCUGAAGAGCACUGAUGAUGUGGAG